AUGUCUGGUCGUCGAGUUCCCCUGUCAAAUAACCAGAAUAUUGCCAACUCCCCCAUACGAAACCCCGGGCUCUUUGCUAAAAACAAACGUCCCUCAGCUCAAGUCCAGCGAGAGGAUCAAUAUGGCCAACCACCUCCAGCUAAGAAACAGAUCAUUGAAGGGGGCACUCAACGCUCAUUGAAGUCUCCUUCCCAAAAUCAGCGGGUACCUAAGAGCCAAAUUCCUAUACAAACACGACGUAAUGCGAACAGCUACGAAAAUAAGUUGGCCAGGGAGAGAUCUGGCCAGCACCAGCAACACCAACAGCAUACCACCACGAGCACCCCCAGAUACACCGAAAAGGAUAUAGAAGAUAUACAAGUUUGGCAACAGCAUCAUCGGGCUAGGUUCCCGAAGCUUGUCUUCUAUCUUGAAAAGGUUCCCAACGAUGCUCAUAAGAAGUUGGCCAAGCAAAUUUCGGCCCUAGGUGGUCGCGAAGCGGCUUUCUUCUCCAUUGAAAUCACACACGUCGUUACGACACGACCUAUCCCUUCCGAAAAGAGCGUAACCCGCCGAGAUGAAGAGGAAACUGGUACCGAUAAGCAUCAAGAGAAUGAUCAGGAGCAGGAGCAAGAGCAUCACCAUGGUGAAGUUAAAACAAUUAAUCCUUCUUUGUUAACUCGAUUGUCGGAGGCUUCUGUGAGACAGAAUCUCUUUAAUAGAGAUAUCCGGGCCCGAAAAAUGCCCUCGCAGACUCUUGAUGAAUCCAUAAGUCAGCCGAAGCGGAAUAUGGAUGUGCUUCUUCGCGCCAGAGAGAUGGGGAAGAAGAUAUGGUCAUUGGACAAGUUGCAACGCAUGCUGUCACUGCUCCUCGAAACCGAUCCAUACGUCAGUGCGGAAAUCGCGUACGGUUCUCGAAAGAUUAGGGAGGCCGAACCUCGUACUGCCGAAGACCGUAACUUGCUACGCCUUCUUCAUAAUGAGCGUGUCAACGGACGAUCCGACCGAGACCCUACCGUUAAUGAUCAAGAACUGCAUUUGUUUAAAGGCCCGUAUAUAUACAUAUAUGAUAUGGACGAGAAGCAGAAACCCAUCAUGGUCAAAGAAUAUAAGAAGGUUGCCGACAAAUCAAGGGGAGAAUGGCCACAGUUCCGGACUGCUGCUCUGGGACGUUGCCCGUUCAUCGAGGAGUAUGAACCCAGGGAGCCCCGGCCUCAACCUAAACCGAAAACCCAAGAGACUAGGGCUACUACUGCUGCUGCGACUGCUGCUGCUGCUGCUGCUGCUGCUGAAAAUAAACCUGUCCUUCAUCCCGCAAAGAUGGAGCCACCGAAACCUAUAACAGGAAAGCGAUCAUUGGGCGAGAUGGAGAAUAGCCACUCUCGAGGCUCUAGCGUUACCUCGUUUGAGAUGUCUAACUCAUCCAGGUUCCCCUUCGGCCAAGCGGCGGACUCUCGGUCCAAUGCAUUCACUGGUCGUGCUGCUACUCGGCUAUUUGGCGGUGAACCAGUUGCUUCUGGUGUCCAGCCUUCGAAUAUAACAUCAGCAAUUCGAUCUCAGAUGGUCUCUUCAACUGCCACUACUCCGGGAGUUAUCACUGGCUUGAGCAAGGAAGUUCACGAUCUUCAACGUCAGGUCCUGAAGCGCAAUAGUACUGCGACUUCACAAGACUUGAGCUCUCGUCGCAAUGCUGAAAUAAGCUUGCGAGACGACGUUCCAGUCAAACGGACAUUGAACCUCAGUCGCACCUCAAGUCGAAAGCUAGAGGCGGUGGAAGAUAAUGUGACUGAUAAGGAUUUGCGUCAGAACGUCAAGGUCACUGCGCGUGCAGAGAAACGUGAGACGGCAAAGUCCAAGAAGAGCGAUCUUAAACCUGGAUAUUGCGAAAAUUGUGCAGAAAAAUAUGCCGAUUUUGAUGAGCAUAUUCUAUCCAAGAAGCAUCGCAAAUUUGCUGACGACGGCGAGAACUGGACCGAGCUAGAUAAUCUCCUUUACCAGCUUCAACGCGCGCCCAAACCGAAAUCCUUCUCGUCCAGGACACCAUCUCUCCAGGAAAGUGACGAGUUGUCCUAA